AUGGCCGCUACGAUUCGCGCCCAUCCCAUCAUCCGCCACCACCUGGAGCUGGAGACACCUGGCGCAAUCCGUGGCCUGAGGACCGUGAGUACCUGCGACAUCGCCGUUCUAGCAGAUCGCGAUCCCCUCCACGGCGUCUCAACCAUUAUGAUUCUUACAAAGGAGCCCAUGCAGGCCGCAGAUCCGGAGCCUUCGAUGGCUACAGACCCGAUACCCGCCCACCCCAAGGCGACUUCACCUUUCGGAUGGAGAAGCCCACUGGCGGCUGGACGCGCCCGUGGCGGACCCUUUCGUGGUCGCGGACGAGGCGCAUAUCAGAAGAUCAUCCCGGCCGAGCGCGAGCUCUUGCGCGCCCGUCGCGAUGGCGUCGACGACGAGAACCUGGUCGCCGAGGGCGAUGGCGGCAUAGUCUAUAGAGAUGUUGACGAGCUGUCGGAUGACGAAGAGGCUGAUAUGGAAAUUUCUGACAACUCGGACGGUGAAUCGGGCGAGCCUUCCACCAAGCGCGCCCGCCGCUCGGGCAACGAUGAAUCGGGCAACAGCAUUCCCAAGUGGUCCAAUCCCGACCCGUACACGGCCUUGCCCCCGCCCGAUGCUGCCGAGCGUAAAAAGAAGGAUAUGGUGAAGAUGAUUCGGAAGGCGCGAGUGGACGAGACUGCCGCCGACAAACUCGCUGCCAGCACAGAAGCAGAAGAGUUCAUUUCAUUCGAUCUCGACGAACCUGGCGGCAACGACAACGGCAACGCCGACGAAGAAGAAGAAAUUAUCCUCCCGCCGUCCGAACCACCCUCUCCCCCCUCUCCUCCUCCUCCUCCGCCGCCUCAUCCUGCACCCCCUGCGCAGGCGUCUCACGACAUCGCUAGAGAGCCUCCUUCUGGACCCCGCGCAGAUCGCGACAGCCGACCUGCCCCCAACGCAUCGGCCGCCUCGACAGCACCUUCUACGCCCGCCAAUAAGCCCUCAAGCCUGCCGCCUAAGCCCCUCGUGGCCGACGACGCUUUAGGCUCGCGGAAGCGCACCGCUGACGACCACAUCAAGCCUCCUACGUACGGUCCUCUGAAGAAGGUUAACAGGAUGCCUGUCGGCGGCGCUAUCUUGCCAGAGUGGCAGGUCACCAAGGACGAGGACCCCACCCCCUGGAUCCAAGCCGAUCAUUCCAAGACUUCUGACAUGAGCGUCUGGCUUCACAAGGAGAUUGUCGACUUCUACGAGGUUGUCCGACCCCGCGACUUCGAACACGAGAUGCGAACCCAGCUUGUGGAGCGACUCCGCAGAUCCCUCAGAACAACCGACAUGGACUUGGUUGUCUGUGCGCAGAGUUGGCUUAAUGGCGCCCAUUCAAACUUUUUCGGCAUCAGGGCGCUCAGAGCAUUUGGCAAGUUCCUCUCCCAAAAGAAGAUCACCCACUACAACAGUAUGGAGUUCAUUGCCAGCGCCAAGGUGCCUCUUGUGAAGUACAUCGACAGCAUCACUGGCCUCAGAGUCGACAUCUCGUUCGACCGCCUUGAUGGUCCUCAAGCUGUCAAGACGUUCGCUGAGUGGAAGGAACAGUUCCCGGCCAUGCCCAUCCUCGUCACCAUGAUCAAGCACUUCCUCGCCAUGCGUGGCUUGAACGAGCCCGUCAACGGAGGCAUUGGUAGCUUCACCGUGACCUGUAUGGUUGUCAGCAUGCUGCAGCUCAUGCCCCAGGUCCAGAGCCGUAACCUCAUUCCUGAGCACCACCUCGGUGAGAUGCUCAUGGAGUUCUUCGAUCUUUAUGGAAACAGGUUCGACUAUGUCAACACGGCAAUCCGUAUGAAGCCCCCGGGGUACAUGCACAAGGUACUUUUUCAACCUAUUGGACUUGUUGAUGGCUCUUUUUUAACCAAGCUUGAACUGCAGGCCCGCGUCCGUGAAGUCGUGUACAAGAACACAGAUCGAAUUUCCGUCAUUGAUCCUAACAACCCUGCCAACGACAUCUCUGGCGGCUCCAGCAAUGCCGGCCGAAUCCUGGAAGAGUUCAGCAUCGCCCACAGCAUGUUGAAGCAGAGAAUCAACGAGCUUACCCAGCAGAGCUCCCGCGUCAAGAGAUCUGCCAGCAUUCUCGAGACCAUCUACGCCGGCAACUACUCUUCAUUCCGUCUUCAACGCGCGCAUCUUCGCAAGUUGUACGACGCCAGAUAA